AUGAAAAAGGUGAAGAAUCAUGACAAGUUAGGCGAACUAUUUGAGCAGAAGAAGCAACAGAUACCGAAGAUAUUUAACUUUUGGGAGAAGCAGAGGUCCUUCUCAAUUCUUUUUUCGAAUAAACUAGCGGAGUUAAGUGACAUCAUGAAAACGCACGCAGCGUUUUUGGAAGAAACGUGCAUUCAACAAAUCCCGGGGUUUGACCGUUCUAUUAAUGCAGAGACGUUACUUGAGGGGUUUGUCUUUUUGUCGAACACAUUUGAAUCGACACAGAGUGAAAUUAUACGAUCUUUUGAGAAGACAAACGAGACGAUCCAUCAAUUGAAAAGCCUUAAGAAGCUCUUUGACAAGAAUAAAGACCCAGAGAAACUGACUAAAGCCUUUUAUGAAAGCACCGAGAGAAUUAAAUGGGAGUCCCCACUCUUAUUCAUUAAUGUCUUCCACUCGUUCCAAACACUUUUUAACACGUCCGACUUGUACUUCUCGUGUAACGAGAAGUUGGGACAAAUCAGAGAAACAGCGCAAAAGGCAAAACAAAAUUACGUGAUGAAACACAACACUCAGAAAAAGCAAGACGUGUCGUAUUGCGGAACCACUUUAAGACAAAUCCUCGACGCAGAGGGAAGAGUCUUUUAUCAACUCCCAUUGGUCAUCGAGUCGAUGCUGAUCUAUCUCUAUAACAAGGGAUGCACUACACAUGGCCUUUUUAGAGAGACUAGUAACGCUUCUACUCGAGAUGUGGAAGACAUUUAUCACCGAAUGGGAAUCACCGAAUUUGAAGAUCUUCCUCCAGACGUCGUUGCGAAUGUCCUCAAAAAGUUUUUAAGGGAGAUGAGAGAGAAGGUGUUCCCAUAUGAAGUGUCACGAGAAUUAUUGAAGGACUGGCAAAAGAGUCGCGCGACUACACGAACGUCACCGGCCGAGAAAAGAAAGUUAGUGUUGGACGCAUUAAAAAGAAUGCCCGCAGAGAAUGUGACUUUAUUGAGAAGCUUGUUGAAGCUAUGUAGUAAGAUCGAUUCAAUGUCUGAUAUCAACGAAAUGAACUUUAAGAAUCUGGCUGUAUGCUUGGCACCAACACUUAUGACUAUGUCUAAGGACGAAUCGUCUUCAAAGACAAUUGACUUAAAAGCUGGGACUGAUAUCAUCGGAUGUAUUGAAAUCAUCUGUUUCAUAUUGACGGAACACCCAAGACUCUUCCCUAAUGAUGUUGAUGUCAAUGUCACAAGAAGAUCAAAACGGUUGUCUGAGAGCUUUGCUAAUAAACUCCUUUUAAAUCAAGAAGGCGACGACUCGGUGUUUGAGAAGUUGGAAGAACAAAACGAACUUGAAAAGAAGAAACAAUGUGAAACACCAAAAAAAGAGAGUGAAACGAAGCUUCCAGUACGACCAACAUUAUCACCAAAUCUCUUACAAGACAUUAGAAGGAAAAGUGGCAAUUUUGCAAGUCACACACAAGUCAAGAGUGACUCCUCUGCAUUUGAAAAAGACGUCCACAAAUAUCCAAGAAAUGAAAGUGCAACACAAGAAAGAAUUCUCAAGAGGGGAUUGGAGGAAAAAUUGGACGGCGUUAUUGUUGAAAAGUCUGAGCUCAUUCGACAAGCCGGAAAACCAAUCAACGAGACACAAACCCCACUUGAAGUAGUACAACUGGAAUAUGUGGAGACUCCAGACGAAGACUUGGAAUUCAUUAAUGGAGAUGAUGAGGACCAAAACACUGAAUCUAUACAACAUAACGAUACUCAAUAUGUCACCACUAUACAACAUCACACUGAACAAAUCAUGUAUAAUGAAACUUUAAAUGAACAACAAGAUGGAAUGAAUCAAAAUGAACAAAUCUUACAACAAAAUGUCGAUGAGUAUAAUGAACAACAAGUUGUACAAGACACAACAGAAGUCCAAGAAAAAGAAAUGCCUCCUAUCGAUGAAUUGUUGACGGAAAAGAAGAUGGACAUCGACUCGACUUUAAUACAACUCAAUUCAUCAACUAAAAAUGUAAAACAAACUCAACCACUCCAGGAAAAAGCUACAAUAAAGGAAACAAUACUCCCUCCACCUCUCCCUCAAUCUAUUUCAGAACCACCAGAACAUAUUCAACCACUCAAAAAAGUGCCAACCCCGUCCCGCCCUCUUCCACCACCUCCUCUCAAGAAAAGCCAACAACUGCGCCAGAACAUUGAAGAGUACAGUCCACUUAAUCCUCCUCCAAACCCACCACUCAGUCCAAAUUCUGCAGUGGUUCAAUCAAAAGAAUUACCAAUUCGACUCACUAACACACCUCCAAAACCAUCAAAAAGUCCACCACGUCCAGAGAAUCUUGGUUCAAAACCUGAACAAAUACAAAAGUUAACACCAAAUGGAGAGGAUGCACCUCCACUCCCUCCUCCAAGAAGAACUAAGAGAACUACCCCUUCCCAAUGA